AUGCGCACCCACGACGACUUCAUGCGCGACGCCGACGCGACGUCCUCCCCCCUCCACCACGCCCCCGACCGCUCACCAGAUGAAGACCGCCGCAAAAAAACCCGCACAAUCCACCCAGCCUCCCAGACCUGCCGCGACUGGAUGAUCGUCUCGGGAAACGUGCACUACGCACGCGACCAGGCGUCCUUCGUCCCAUCCACGUAUACGCCCGUCCACACGCCCAUAAAAUCCAACAUCUUCAACCCGCUCGAUGAAAUGGUCGUAGCGGGCAUCGGAACCGUACACCUGACCGUGCCUCGGGGGGUCAAUGACCCGAGCACGCAUACUAUCGUCCUCGAGAACGUCCUGCAUAUCCCCGAGGCCCUGUGUAAUGGAUUUAACCCGCUGCUGGUGGGGAGUAGCAUGAGUUGCCUUGCAGAUCGGUGGGAGGGCUGCGAUCGGUUUGGGAGGGGGAUGUGGUAUGGGACGAGGUUUUGUGGGCUGGGCCGCUUGGUUCUUGCCCCCGGUCCGGAUGGGCAGGCCGAGUCGGAUCUUAUUGAGGGGAGGGAGUAUACGUUGAGUCUUUAUGUGAGUGCGCAGGAGAAGGCGGCUGUUGCGGAGCAGGUGCAGGCGCAGGCGCAGCGACAAGCAGGAGGGAUGAUGGGGCAGGUUAAUGGGAUUGGGAUGGGACAGGGGAUGAUGAUGUAG